AAUUCCCAAUUCCCCAAACACCAUGAAAAAGAAAUCUUUGAAGAAAUCGAAACUACCCGGGAGGGGAGAGCCCUGAGCAGCCCCAGCAUCCGGACCGCAGCGUCUCCGUCUCGCACCAUGAACCGCAAUGCCCAGCCCUUCCUUCCUGGCACCCACACUGGUGUCCCCCCAACUUAUGAGAUGCUCAAGGAGGAGCAUGAGGUGGCGGUACUCGGGGGGCCCCAGAGUCCAGCUCCCAUGGCCACCACCGUGAUCAACAUCCAGACUGAGACGUCCGUGCCCGACCACAUCGUCUGGUCCCUGUUCAACACAAUCUUCAUGAACUGGUGCUGCCUGGGCUUCGUGGCCUUUGCCUACUCCGUGAAGUCUAGGGACCGGAAGAUGGUGGGUGACCUGAUUGGGGCCCAGACCUAUGCCUCCACCGCCAAGUGCCUGAACAUCUGGGCCCUG